AUGGUUGAUGUAGACCGGAGAAUGACCGGUUUAAACCCGGCUCACAUAGCUGGUUUAAGACGUUUAUCAGCCCGAGCCGCUUCGUCUUCUUCCUCAUCCUCCUCCACUUCUUUUCCAGAACGUAACGGUUUAUUCUCAUUUUCUUCAGUGGUGGAUAAAGUCAUAACACAGCUUCAUAACUCAGGCGUAGAAGUGCAACAUGGUCUCUCCGACGCUGAGUUCGCACGUGCAGAGGCGGAGUUUGGUUUCGUUUUUCCACCGGACCUCCGUGCAAUUCUCGCCGCCGGUAUGCCUGUCGGACCUGGAUUUCCUGACUGGCGAUCGAAUCCUGCUCGCCUCCGUCUCCGUGCCUCGUUAGACCUUCCGAUCGCUUCUAUUUCUUUUCAGAUUGCAAGGAACGCGUUCUGGUCGAAAUCUUGGGGAUUAAGACCUACAGAACCUGAAAAAGCAUUGCGAGUUGCGAGAAACGCUUUGAAGAAAGCUCCGUUACUGAUUCCUAUUUUCAACCAUUGUUACAUUCCUUCAAAUCCUUCACUCGCCGGGAAUCCUAUUUUCUACGUCGACGAGAAUAGGAUCUUCUGUUGUGGUUUUGAUCUAUCUGAUUUCUUUCAACGGGAGUCUCUCUUUCGAAGCUCCGAAUCCGACCCGAAGACUCUCAUGAAACAACGAUCCGUUAGCGAGACAUCCGCUGGUUCUUCAACUGCUUUCUCUCGGAGGAGUCUCGACGGAGGGAGGAUGCCUAGAUGGGUGGAAUUCUGGACAGAAGCCGCAACAGAUCGUCGCCGGAGGAACUCGUUGUCAUCCGUAUCAUCUUCGCCGGAGCGGUUUUUUGAUAUUCAUCAUGCACAGUCUGAAAUUCCGGGUUGGGUGGAUGAAUACAUAGGGAAAAUCGGUUCGGUUUUGAGAGGAGGUGGGUGGAGCGAACCGGAUAUAACCGAAAUGGUUCAAGUUUCGGCUUGUGGAUUCUUCGAAGGGGAAAUGGUGAUGUUGGAUAAUCAAGCGGUGUUGGAUGCUUUGUUAUUGAAAACGGAUCGGUUUUCUGAUUCGCUCCGAAAAGCUGGGUGGAGCUCCGAAGAGGUUACCGAAGCUUUUGGGUUUGAUUUUCGACCUGAAAAGGAAAGGAAACCGGUAAAGAAGCUAUCGCCGGAGCUUGUGGAAAGAAUUGAGAAACUGGCUCAGUCAGUUUCCCGGUCAUGA